AUGUGGAUUCUGCCAUUAGUGGGUUAUGUGGGCUCCGUCGUGGGCUUCUGCUUCAUGACACUGGCCAUCGCGUCCGGGCUCUACUACCUUUCCGAGAUUGUCGAAGAACACACCGUGAUCGCUAAGCGGGUCCUGACGAAACUCAUCUACUCGAUUAUGGUCCUGCAACUGUUCCUUUGCGUCGUCGACCGUUUCCCCUUCCUACCGACGGCACUGGGCAUCUUCUCCCACUUCAUCUACCUCGGAAACAUGCGGCGAUUUCCCUUUGUCAAGCUCUCAGAUCCUCUGUUUUUGACUUCUUGUGUUCUCGUUCUGAUCAACCACUACGUUUGGUUCAGGCACUUCUCCCACUACCAAGAACGCGCCUACCAGAACAUGACCUCGUAUUACGACACACCUGACGAUGUCCCCACAUUCACCGAGAUCGCGUCCUAUUUCGGCCUAUGUGUCUGGUUGGUUCCAUUCUCGUUGUUUGUCAGCCUCUCGGCGAGUGACAACAUCUUACCCACAAUGGGUAGCGAGCCAUCAUCCUCUGCCAGGCCAUCAGGGAUGACCGGCUCCGCAGCUGCGGGGAGGCGCAAUCAGGGCAUGGCUAAAGCGCUGGUGGAUAACAUCCGUGGGGCUAUAGGGGAGGGGAGUGCGUUAUUUGGGUGGAAGAAGCCUGAAGACCGGUUGUAA